GUUUCAGAAUAAGAAAAAUAGUGUACGCUCCGGUAGUUCUCCUUCCCAACAUGGCGCAGUCGAUUAACAUCACGGAGCUGAAUCUGCCACAACUGGAAAUGUUCAAGAACCAGCCGGACCAGGAAGUGGAGUUUUUGUCCACAUCCAUCGCUCAGUUCAAGGUGGUACAGACCAAGUAUGUGGAAGCCAAGGACUGUCUGAACGUGCUGAACAAGAACAACGAGGGAAAAGAAUUACUGGUCCCACUGACGAGUUCUAUGUAUGUCCCUGGGAAGCUCCAUGACGUGGCACACGUGCUCAUCGAUGUGGGAACUGGCUACUACGUGGAGAAGACAGCUGACGAUGCCAAGGACUUCUUCAAAAGGAAGAUAGACUUUCUCACCAAGCAGAUGGAGAAAGUCCAGCCAGCUCUGCAGGAAAAGCACGCUAUGAAGCAAGCCGUCAUGAAAAUGAUGAGCCAGAAGAUCCAGCAG